CGCGGCAAGGUUUCGAAGCCCCUCUCUGUGCAGGCACCGGCUCGCUGGCUGACAACACUUUCCUGUGGGAGAAGGGGAAAGCCACAGCUUUGAGGAAGAGCUGCGCGCAGAAUGAAUAAGCCAACCAUUCCCCCUUUGCACAAGGCUGCUGAAGAGGCAGCUUAUAUAAAGUGCCCAGGCACUGCACUCCCACCUUACCUUGAAAUGAAGAGGACCAAGGAUGGUGAGCUGCUGGGCGGUCCUGCUGCUGCUGCUCAGCGUGGCCACUGCAGUCCCCGUGCAGCCCCCUCAGCCCUACGAGAAGGCCAUCGCCCGGGCCAUCGACUUCUACAACCAAGGACCGACCUUCCGCCUCCUUACAGCCACCCCUCUGCCUGAAGUGGCCCAGAGCACCGUAUCGAAUACUCUUCAGCUGAACUUCACCAUCAUGGAGACCACGUGCUCAGCGUCAGACAAAGCCCCUGUGGAGCAAUGUGCCUUCAAAGAGAAUGGGCUGGUCAGAGACUGCUCAGGACACUUCUCCACUCAGGAAGCAUGCCCUGUCCUCGCAAUCACCUGCGACGUCGCCCCUCCACAGCCAGUUCGCGUCACCAGGUGGUGGCCCCUUGUGCGCUUAGGCGCAAAAAUCAUCGGUCAUGGCAUUUCCUUUUUCCACUCGAAGAAUUAAUCCAGAGAUCGAGGAGGGGAAUGCAAGCUUGGCAGACCUGUCUGUGACCCACGCUGGAAGCUUACCAGGAAUCAAGGCGCAAGUCAGAACCGCCUUAGGGAUCGCACUUCUCCUCGUGGCCUAGCUACCCCCUUAGUCCAAUUGCAUCUGCUAGGGCUUCCCUGUACAAUAAACGGCU